AUGGAAAGGCCACAGGACGAGGGAAUGAAUCCUCCAAAAGCUGGAUUGUCUACAAUUAUAAAACCUUUGGACAUAGUGAUAGCGCAGUAUGACUUUAAUCCGCUAAGGAAAUCUCAAUUACGGUUUUUUGCCGGUGAUAUUAUCUACGUUAUAUCGAAGAGUGACUCAGGUUGGUGGGACGGUAUUUUAUAUUAUAAUAAGAGCUUGGUUUUGAGGGGCUGGUUCCCCAGAAGUUAUACUAAAUCAAUAAAGGAUACCAGUUCAAGUCGGAAGAUAUUUCCUCUGAAUUACCAUGGCAGCAAUGCUUUUAAUAAUAGGCCUAGUAGCCAUGGGUCACGGAGGAACAGUUUGAGGAUAGGCAGCCCAUCUGGGAAUAUGAAUAUUCGUUCUACGUCUGGGUCAAGAAGGGGAUCUUUGGUGAGUACCGGGAACUUUAGAAGGAAAAGUCUUGGUACGACUACUUUCCACGAUAAUCAUGAUAAUGCAAUAAAUAGUGGGCAAACGCUACUGUCGACGUCUCCUUCAAAUUCUGCAAGUAGUGUCAAUAAUUCUAGCCCGUCAUCGCAUUUGAAACAGGAUUACCAAUUCGAUAUGAAUCGCAGAUCCUUCUCUCACUCAAGGAGCAAACCAAAUGCAACCUCCAAAUCAAGAAGUGCAUCAACUAGCAGUUCUCGAAACUCUUACUGUCGUUCAUCUGAAUCUUUAUCCAAAGCGCGGUCUCAUUCAGAAUCCCGUAACUCAGAUCAUUCAUACAGUAAACAUUCUGUAUCGUCAAUACGGUCCCCACAUACUCUUCAUGAGUCAGAAAUCAACAUUCUUUCUACUAAAGAAGUUGAAAUGCUCUUAAAUAACAUGUCAAGACAAGAGGUUGUGCCGGUAUGGACCCCGGUUUUGACUACAAGCAAUAAUUUAUUAUACUUCAAUAAAGAAAUGAACAUUUAUUGUACAUCUUUACCUAUAUCAAGGACACCUGAACUAAGCUUAAAAUCUGUUUUCCCGCCUAAUGAAAACCUGGUCGACUUACAAGCAAGAAGCCUAGAAUCAGACUUUUUGCCUAAUACUCAAGUGAUGGAUCUGGAAUCUGUCAUUUCUUCUCAGCACCGUAACUUACAUGAUGCGAGUCCCAUUAAUCCAAUGGUUGUCAUCAGUGGAAACUCUUCUCAAAAGCAACCAAAUACACCAUCUGGUCCAAAACCAGACCUAAGUCAACCCUGUCCAUCUCCAGGUCGAUCACCCAGUAUGCAUUCAAAUCCUACGCAAUCCAAUGAAAAAAAUGAAGAAGCAGGUCCGAAAAACUCACAGCCACUUGCUCCUAAACCAUUACCGCAAUCGAAUAGUAGAAUGUUUUAUUCAUUAAGUUCUGACAUGAAAACGUGGACGGAGUUAAAAAACUCCACUAUCUAUUAUUUGAAAGCUUCACAUAACCAUUUCUUCAAACAAAACCAACCAUCAUUUUAUCAGAACUUUUCGAAAGCGUCAACUUACAUCUUUUACCAUCAGUUGGCCUGUAACUUAGCGAGAAAAGAACUUAUCAAAAGGAAUGUUGUAAAGGAUAUUAGGAAAAUUUUGAGAAAGUUGAUUAAGGUCGUCUUCAGAAUCAACGUAAAUGCUUCAGUAUAUUUCAAUUCUAGUAGCAAAAUCGUUAUGAACUCCUCCGACAUCAAGAAAUUCAAUGGAGACAUGCUGACUUCGAACCGCGAUACUUUGAAUAAUGGCACAAGAACUUCUGAAGCCUUUGUCUUACCUAACAAUAUUGAGUUUCCUGAUUUAAGAAAUGUUAGUACUAGUACCACAACUUCUUUUAAUCCUAACGCAAGCUUAGAUAGCUCACAUCAAGGAACUAUGACGUCAGAAACUAUUCAGAUCAGCCCAGAUUCCCCAAGAGCGUCAAUUCCAACUAAUACAACUCAAACAUCGAAUAUGCUCAUCGACGAGGAGACAGGUAUUGUUUUGAAUUCUCUCUUUAAUGUGAUACACACUGACUUCACAAAUAUUUUCAAACUUGUCAACAACCUUCACAACAUUAUCAUUGAUUCUGUUUCACCGGAUGAUGCAUUAGUUCAGAUAUACCCAAGAUUUAUAAGAAACUCCUUUGAGGGUAUAGUGUGGACCAAAUCAGAUCCUUCAUUUGCUUCCAAAUCUGAAGAUUCGAGUGAUAUUUCCAACAAAUCGGACCAGGGGAAUGCGAGCUCCUCAUUUUUUCCAGAGUCUCUUUCGAGUCUUAUGUUUUCAGGAAGGCAGUACAGUAGUUCAAGUUCUAGAACUGUCAACUCCAAUUUAGAAAAGCAAAACUCUUCGGGAUCAAUAGGAAAAAUACACAACAAAUUACGUGCACGGUCAAAAGGUUCUAAACCUGCCAGGUACCCCUUAAAUCAUACGACUUUAAAUCUUCUUAGGGACAAGCUAUCCCUGAUCAGCAAUAUCUACAAGACGGACAAUUCAGCGAUUUUAAGUUCAGUUGACGGCGGAAAAUUAGUCGAACUCAGUAUGGGAACAUAUAAUGGUUUGAAAGAAUCCGCUGCUUUUCUCAAUAUAAUUGAUAAGUUGGACCUACAAUUUUUCUUUAACUUGAAACGUUGCCAUUCUAAUGAAAACCUCGAAAAAGAAUUUCACGAGUUCAGUGAAUCAUCCAUGACUAACGCAGUUCCUAUUCUCCUAGAAUAUUAUGAUCUAAAGCAGGCGUUGCAUGACAUUACAAUUCGUUAUGUCAUGGACACUCAAAAUCUUUCACUCAGAGAUCCAUUUGUCUUCUGCUCAAUGCGAGGAGAGCUUUCUCAGUUCUCAAAAGGUAGUCAUGCAGAAUUGUUUCAAUUAGUACAAGAGGAAAAGAAGAGUAAUAGUUUGUAUGAACAUCUUGUAUCUCAGGAUGUAGAAAUCAACGGCAUGUCAUUUUUGGAUACCCAAGAAGUACUUCAUGAAGCAGCUACGAGAUAUUACAACAUUGCGACUUUAAUAUCCGUGAUUAUCGAGCAGUUGAUUGUAGAAAGAGAAAAUGUGAUAAAUUAUGCAGCAAGAAUGAUGAACAAUGACUUUAUGGAUGUUCUACUCAAAGAUGAACAAUACGAAUAUGAUGAAAAUCUUUCUUCUUCUGUAACCAUCUCACAGACCAUGAGUGAUGACCAAGAAACGCAACAAAGUUCCAAGGCGUCGAUGUUUUUGUCUUCGACCUUGGACUCGAAAUCACCAACGUUUUUGCAGCAUUCUUUCGUAGAUGAACUACCUUGGUUUCUCGAUUCGGAGCAUGAAACUGAGCUUAUUUAUUCCCCUAACGGUCAUAUCAAAGGUGGAACUAGACUGGCUCUUAUUGAACAUCUCACUAAUCACAAAUCGAUCGAUGCGUUCUUUAAUAUUGUCAUUCUAACAACUUUUAGAAGUAUGUUUAGCACAGCUGAAUUUUUGAGGUACUUAUUCAAGCGUUUUGAUCUUUCCCCUCCUGAAGGUUUAAGUUAUGAAGAGUAUAAUGUAUGGGUCGAUAGAAAACAGAAACCAAUCCGAAUUCGGGUUAUCAAUAUUAUAAAAGCAUGGCUCACUGAUUAUUGGAAUGAUUGCUAUUAUGAAGACUCACAGGAUAGCUUGGAUGAGCUGAAUACUGUAGUAAACAUGGCAAUUUUGGAUGAAAUUUCUGGUGCAGCUGAAUUGAGGCCUCUCGUUGAACGAAAAAUCGCUGUAAAUGAAUUAAAGCUAAAACGCAAGGAUUAUGAGCCGAAACCUAGUCCUACUCCUCCACCAGCUUUGAAAAAUGGAUUAUCAAAGACAUCAGCUACUUUUAGGCUGAGAAAGCAUAAACUGACAGAUUUUGAUCCUAUUACGUUUGCACAACAAUUGACUUUGGAAGAACAUAUUUUAUACUCUGCUAUCGACCAAUUUGAAUGUUUGGACCGUAUUUGGGGUAAAAAAGUAUGCGAUUUCGGUGGUUCAGCUAAUAUUUCAAACUUUAUCACGUCAUCGAAUCAUCUUACAGAUUUCGUUUCCUACACCAUAGUCAAAGAGACUGACCUCAAAAAAAGAGCCCAAAUUCUACAAUUUUUCAUCCAGGUUUCUGAACAAUGUUAUAACCUCAAAAAUUUCUCAUCAAUGACAGCAAUUGUUUCUGCAUUAUACUCAUCUCCUAUCUUCAGGUUGAAAAAGACUUUCGACCGUUUACCUAAGCAUAUUUUGAAUUCUUUGGAUAAGCUCAAUACUUUGAUGGAUUCGACCAGAAACUUUUUCAGAUACCGUGACCUUUUGAAGACUGUGCAUGAUGUUCCAUGUGUUCCAUUCUUUGGUGUUUAUUUAUCAGAUCUUACUUUUACAGCAAGCGGUAACCCUGAUAACCUUAACAAUAACCCUAAUCUUUUCAACUUUUCAAAGAGACUGAAGAUUGUAAUGAUAUUAAACGAAAUCAUGUCCUUCCAAAAAAUCACUUAUAAACUCAAACAUUCUGAAGAGGUUAAGUUGUUUUUAGAGGCAGAAAUGGAAAAUAUACUAUCCAUCGAAAAGCAAUAUGAAUUGAGUUUAAAAAUCGAACCCCGGGUAGAUGUAUCAUCCUCUUUUAACAGUGCGGAAUACAACACCCCUACCGAUUUAUCCAAAGCUGGUAGUAAAAAAUUGCGAUUUGGAAGACUAAGAAAGUGA